CAUGCCGAAUUUUAUUAUUUAGUCUAGUCUAUCAACUGGACUCUACACGGUAUGAAGUGAUAAAAAAAUUUUAAUAGGUAUUAGUGAUAAGUAACUGUGCAGUUGUAUUUCUGACUUGAAACCGUUAGAUUUGUUGCUAAUUUAAAGAUGCUAAAUUUCAGGGAAGCUUUCAGAGUUCUAGGACAGAAACUUGCAUUUCUUUACAAAACAUACGUCUUGGUUGUAGUAACGUUUACAUUCGCGCUAGGAGAGUUAGGUCAUUAUUUGAUUGGAGUUACAUCAAAGGAUAUUUUUUCUGACAUACAUUAUGGCGAUAUUUCCUGUCAGUUAAAUAACACAGAGUACCAUAUAUCGGAACUUCCGAUACCAUGCAGCGCCGCCAACGAUUCAGACACUUGUCUCUCCUAUGCCAUUAAUGGCACCCCUUACUGUGAAUGGAAUUACAACGGAUUAGGAUUGGACUACCAAAUCCUAGCAGGACCCAGUUUCAUUGCUGUCUUUACCGUAUUCGGGGUAAUUUUCGGAAUACUGGCUGACAAAUUCCAUCGUGUUUAUAUGUUGUCCGGAUGCGCGUUUGUUUUUGGGGCUUCAGUGUUUCUUUGCGGACUCAUCCACGAGUUUUGGCAGUUUGUCCUGUUGAGGAUGGUGCUAGCAGCAGGGGAAGCCGGUUGUAAUCCUUUGUCCACUGGAAUCCUAGCUGACGUGUAUCCCCCAGAACAGAGAGGUCUUGCAAUGUCUAUCUUUAACUGGGGGAUCUAUGUUGGAUAUGGGAUCGCUUUCCCAUUGGGCAGAUAUCUUCCAUUGCGAAACUUUUUCAAUGCGGGUUGGAGAGUGGCCUAUUGUGGAACUGGUAUAGUAACAGUUUUGCAGGCUUUCGUUAUUCUGACUUUGAAAGAGCCCAAAAGGCAAGGAGCUUCACCCGAAUCUAACGCCGUAGAUACAGCAGAUAGAGACAAAACAAUUUUGCACGUAAUAAUUGACCCAAGAAUGAUCAUGUUGGUAAUUGCUUCAUCCAUAAGACACACAGGUGGUAUGACGCUUGCAUACAAUUGUAACCUGUACUAUGCCACAUAUUUUCCUGACUACGAUUUGGGGUGGGUUCUGUUUGCUAUAACCCUUGUGAUUGGUAGCGCCGGAGUAGUAGUUGGAGGGGUGUUUUCUGACAAAGUGGUCGCUAAAUUGGGAGUAAGGUUCAGAGUUUUGGUGUUGCUCGUGAGUCAGGUUAUAGCCAUACCCUUUGCUUUUGCUGCCCUGUAUUGCGAACCCAUCGGGGCCAUGAUAACCCUCGCGAUAUCCUUCUUCUUUGCUGAAAUGUGGUUUGGAAUUAUGUUUGCCAUUUUAACCGAGAUUGUACCCGACCAUUUAAAGUCGACAACUAUUGGAUCGUUUUUGUUUGUGAUUUACAACAUCGGAGGGAAUCUGCCCAUUGUUGUUGACCCCGUUUCGAAAGCUAUAGGUUACAGGGAAGCUCUCUACGUGUUUUAUGUAGCCGCUUACGCUCUAAGUUCAAUAUUGUUCUUUAUAACAAUGUUCAUAAUGAAAGAUCCGAAGAAGAAGAAGCCCAAAGACGAAAGUAAUGUCGAAUCAAGCCGUCCGAAAAUUUUUGCUAUGGACAAACUGAAACCGCUAAAUUUACAUAGACGAAAAGUAUCAGAUGCAUCAACGGUCGUAGCCGAUACAAGAUUUUGAAUUGAUCGAAAUUGUUGAUCAUUUACGAUUGCUGUAAAUACUUUCUAUAUAAAUGUGACAAAGAUGUCUUCGAACUGACUUUAACUUAUGCAGAACAAUGUCUUAAUUUUGUAAGAUCGUUA